AUCUAUUCAUAGCACCAAACACAUACCCCUGAUUCGCAGACUGCAUUCCCCAUUUGCCGCAGACUGUUGACGCCUGACGCGAAAACAAUUUACAACAAUCUUCCUUAUAAUAAAAACGACCCAUUUGAUUAAAAUCAAUUGAUACCGACUGCGGCAGAGCCCAAGCAUAGCCCAGACAGUCAGCCAGCAGUGAUAUGUUUACGUAGAUGUUCUAACUGUGCGAUUUCAAGCAUUCGUACAUUGUCAUACGACAAUAUCAAACACCACAUCCCAACAACCAGAACUGUGCAAACAAUUUCAACCGUUGGUGUCUCCCCAAUUGAACCCCCACAACAGCCAUCAAACGGUUGUACGGCAGAAAUGUUCAGAUCACACGACACCCCCUCAGAAGCAACCUGUUAGAGUCUCGUCAAAGCGUGUGUAGCGGCGUUCCCAGUCGGAUCAUCCAAUACCAAGGUCAAGCAGUUUUCUCGAAAGAAGAAAAUACGAUCAUAAAUUUUCCGCGCUGCUUAGUGUCGUCGCUUCGUCGCCGGCCGUCUUCAUACCAGAAAAUUUCCCGCCCGCACACGUGCGAUUCAACUCAACGGGAAAACUCGGUUGCCGCAUAGAGAUACAUACAGAGACACGAACUAGUGGAUCAAAACAAAACCGAUGAAAAUAAACUCCCACUUGGAAGCAAGGAAAAAGAGCGGGAAAGAUUUCCACCGACCAGUGCGGGCCAGUGCGCAUGUUCAGAUUUUCCUCACAGCACCACAUGUGUAGCAUAGUGUCUAUGUUCUAAAGAAGAACCUCUGGGCCUACAUCAGAAGAGACAGGCGACGCAAAAAUUGAUUUCUUCGGCACGGCUCGGCCUGACGGGUCACUGCAGGGUGGAAAUCGUGAUCCAGUGGCAAUGUGCUCAUCGAUACAAACAAGCUUCCGUACUUGAAACCGAGCUCAGGAAACAGUUUGUGCUCCGCAAUAAAAGGUUUACCUCUAACGAGACAAUUGUUUUGAAAUAGUUCAUUAGAUCUUUGAAAAAUCAAAGAUCAAUCGGUGUAAACCAAGCCAUCCCUUGUACUUUCCCUCUCCAGUGUGCCUAAGUCAACAGAUAAAGAAGGAGCAAGUAACGAUGGCACAGCUAUUGCGAGCGUUUUCCAAAUUCUUCAACAAACAUCCGCUUGCCGGAAACGGGCUGGUGUACGGAAGCUUGUACGUGGGGGCAGAAUUUUCUCAGCAAACAAUCACGAGGAAGUUCUUGACUGAUCCCCCACAAGAUAUCGAUAAGCCAACCCUGGGACGAUACGCCAUCAUGGGAACCUUCGUUUAUUCACCGAUUCUCUACAACUGGUACAAAUGGUUGGAUAGGACGUUUCCAGGUACAGCCAAACGGAUCAUUGUUAGGAAACUACUGCUGGACCAGUUUAUACUGACGCCCCCGCUGUUGGUGAUAUUUUUCACAGGAAUGUCCCUAAUGGAACGCCAAUCUAAUAUUCUGGAAGAAUGCAAGCAAAAGUUCUUACCAACCUUUGCCCGGUCCUGUCUGUUCUGGAUGCCAGCGCAGACGCUCAACUUCAUGCUGGUGCCGCCGAAGUUCCGCGUCGUGUACGUGGGAUCUUGUGCUUUCGCCUGGGUGAACAUCCUGUGCUGGGUCAAACGACAAAAGAUGACCACUCCAACCAGCAGUAGUGCCAGCAGUCCUCACACCGCCACCACCAGUAGUGCCGUCAUGCCGAAAACCUCUCCGUCUGCCUCUUCGAUCGAUGCCCAGUAAUGGCCUGAUGAACGGAAACAAUACAAUUGCUCACAAAUUUUCCAAUCUUUGAAGUUUUUAAAACUCAAACGUAGCUAGGACGAUAAACAAAAAACGACUUAUAAGAUGAUUUACUUUUUUGCUUUAGACAAUUUGUUAUUGUGCUGUCAGCGU